AUGAUGAAUGGAUCUCGUCACUAUAAGCUUGUUCAAAACGACAGGCAAAUGAAGUACCUCCUUGGUUACACCCUACGUUUCCUGGUGGCCCUCUUGGUCCUGACUCGCAAUUUCCAAGGAUGCAAUGGGAAAGCAGCUCCUGCCCACUACUAUCCCCGUCAGCUGGUGGAUCAUUUGCACCAAAAUGACCACUACAAGGGAAAAUUGUGGUCCCAGAGGUACUAUGUUUGGUCCGAUCAUUUCAAGGGUCCUGGGUCUCCCAUUUUUAUGAUUCUUGGAGGAGAGGGGCACAUCUCUCCGGAGACUGGUAUCUAUUACCCGUUUAUCAGUGAUCAUCUAGCCAAGAAUUUUGGAGCUUUUGUUGUACAACCAGAACAUCGAUUUUAUGGAUUCAGUCAACCUUUGGUGCACGCAAAUCUAACAUUAGAAGGAAACAGUCAGCAACAAUCUGCCGAGUCAAAAAGGGAAUUGAGAGGAAGAACUCUGGCGAGGAAAAUGGAUCCAAGAGUUCAACUCUUCACUGCAGAGCAAGCCCUGAUGGAUGCAGUUCGUUUAGUACAGCAUGUGGCUCAAGACCAGCUUCGAUGUUCACUUAACAAGACAUCCUCUGACUACUGUCCUGUGAUAACAGUAGGAGGCUCUUAUCCUGGAUUUCUCAGCAUGUCAGCAAGGCUACGGUUCCCCGAUGUGAUUGACAUGUCGUAUGCUGGGUCAGCGCCUGUCAAGUUCUAUUCUCAGCAGGUACAAGAGGGAGACUACUACAAUCACAUCUCCAAAGUAGCUGAAAAGACAAUUCCUGGCUGUUCCAAAGCUGUCAGACAAGCUUUGGAUGAUGUGCUACAAGAAGGCUCAUCAUCAAACUACAUUCCUGCCAUUGAUGUUGGUAUUUGCCCAGGAACACUUCCGGACUACAUCAAAAGUCGACACGUGUUCUUUGAAGAACUUUUCAUGAUGGUUGGAUAUACCUUUGCCAAUGACAAUAUGGGCAAUUAUCCCCCUUCACCUCAGACCAAUUUGUACAAAGAUUGUCAGAUUUUCUUGGAUGACCAUUCCAGUGCUGUGGACAAGGUCAAGACAUUUCUGACUGACAGACUAGGAAGAGGUUCUGACUGUUUCAACAUGGGCCUCCAGCUUCCAGCUGGGCGUCAUGCUACUAUUUCAGGAGGUGAUUGGAGUGGUGAUGGGACUGGUACGGAUGGCGAGAGUUGGGACUUUCAGACGUGUACACUUUUGGUGGAGAAAAUUGGCUUUUCCCAUGAAUCCAUGUUUCCUCCUCGGAAUUGGACACUAGAUUGGAUGAAUGCUCAUUGCCACGCACGGUUUGGAGUUAAGCCGCGUCCCACAGAACUGGUUGCAAAGUGGAAAUUUGAUGACUUGGUAGCUGCCAAUGCAAGUCGCAUCCUGUUCACAAAUGGCUUGAACGAUGGCUGGUCCGUUGGUGCUGUCAAACAGAACUUAUCAGAAAGUCUCUUGGUGCUGAACUUUGAAAAUGGAGCGCAUCAUUCGGAUCUGAACUCGGUAGGCCCUAGGGACACGGAUACUGAAGAUAUCAAGGAGGGCUACAUUAUCAUUCAGAACAUACUGGCCGAGUGGCUGGAUGGAGUCAAGGCAUUGGCUACGAAGUAA